CGACGCGAUCAGUAAUUGCAAGUGCAUGACGGUCCUGGAUGAAAAUUCGGAGAUGUGUCUCGCCCGGUUUGAUGUCGAGAGAAGGCGGAUAUAUAGAAAUAUACAGCGCAAAGCACCUAAUCUUCUCCACAAUUUCUGCUUCCAGUUUGCACAUACUAGCCAACAUGUCCACCAAAGACCAGCUCAAAUACACCAACAAGCUUCACAACACCCGCAUCCUCAUCAUCGGUGGCUCCUCCGGCAUCGGCUAUGGCGUCGCAGAAGCCAGCCUCGAGCACGGCGCCCUCGUCGCCAUAUCCUCCAGCAACGAGUCGCGCAUCAAAGCCGCCGCCGACAAACUCACGUCCUCCUACCCCUCCUUCGCAUCCAACAUCCACGGCCUCACUGUCAAUCUCGCAAACCCGGAAACCCUCGAGCACGAACUCUCCACCGUCCUUAAGAGCGCCACAGAGACGUUGGGCGGGAAGCUAGACCACGUGGUCUUUACAGCCGGCGAUGCACUCGCUCCCAUGAAGUUGACUGAUAUGACCGUCGAACGCAUCCAGCGUGCCGGCACAGUGCGCUGGCUCGCGCCCCUCCUGCUAGCAAAGUACCUCGCCACAUACAUGAACGCCUCAUACAAAUCCUCCUACACCGUCACCACGGGCGCCAUCAGCGAGAAGCCGAUCCCAGACUGGACCGUAAUCGCGUCGUACGCGGGGGGCCACCACUCGAUGGUGCGCAAUCUGGCGCUGGACCUGAAGCCGAUCCGAGUGAACGGGGUGAGUCCUGGUGUUGUGGAUACGGAACUGUGGAGGAUGAGUGAGGAGGAGAAGCAGGCAUUUUUCGAAGGGUCGAAGACGAGUCUGUUCACGGGGAGGGUGCCUACUGCGGAGGAUGUAGCCGAAAGCUUCAUUGGCAUUAUGAAGGAUUACAACAUGGAUGCAAGUAUGGUGAGGUCGGAUGGAGGAAGCUUGUUUUCGUAG